AUAAUAAAAACACAGGUGAGACUAGAGAAAUACAUUUGAAGAGUGAUCGAUGAAGAUGGUGGUGUCUUUGUUCGGACUGUUUUUAAUCUUGGGCGUAGCUCAGGGAGGAGUUUUCAAAUCAGGCCCAGCCAUUAUCGAGGACCUGAGAAAUGCUCAGCCCCCAUCAUCCCGUAUCGUAGCUGGAUGGGAGGCGGAGGAAGGCCAGUUCCCCUACCAGGUCAGCGUGCGUAUGGUGGGAGCGAAUGCUGUUGUCACGUCCUGCGGGGGAUCCAUCCUGCAUGAACAAUGGGUGCUGACGGCUGCUCAUUGCUUGGCCAACUGUGACACAUUCGUGGUCCGCUUUGGUCUCACGAACUUGACCCGUCCGGAGCACAUCGUCGAGUCCACUUUGAAGCACAUCCACCCAGAAUACAUCGAGAUCAUAGCCGGAGUGCAGAGAGACGACAUCGCGCUCAUCGAGUUCACCAGACCCAUCCCGUUCUCUGCCAACGUGCAGCCGAUCCGUCUCAUGAACAGUGCCCAAAAGAACACCAACUACGCCGGAGUCACGAUGAUUGCCAGCGGAUUCGGUCUUACUGACGAUCCUUGGAACGGUGGAACUGGCUCUGAGGUCCUGAGAUGGGUUCUGCAGCGUGGAAUCUCCAACGCAGAGUGCAGGCUCUGGUACAAUGCCCAGAAUGUGCAGGAUCCGAUCAUCUGCUCGCAGUUCUACAACAACACCUCACAGUCCACGUGCCAGGGAGAUAGUGGCGGUCCUCUAGUCUUCGUCGAUGCUGACGACAAGCUGACCCAGAUUGGAGUGGUCAGCUUCGGAAGCAUGUGGGGUUGCAACCACCCAGUACCAUCAGGUUACGUUCGUCCCGGAUACUACCAUGACUGGCUGCAGAAUGUCACAGGAAUGAACUUCGACUGGUCAUUCUCCAGUGAAGACGACGGCUCCAGCUCCUCAGAGGAAGAUGAUGUCACCAGCGCCCCGGAAGAAGACGAUGUCACCAGCGCUCCGGAAGAAGACGAUGUCACCAGCGCUCCGGAAGAAGACGAUGUCACCAGCGCUCCGGAAGAAGACGAUGUCACCAGCGCUCCGGAAGAAGAUGAUGUCACCAGCGCCCCGGAAGAAGACGACAGUGCUUAAAUACCUGAUAACUGUAAGGGCCUACCACCAGAUCUUAAAGUAAGACCUCAGCGUUGCGAACGAGAUAGUGCUCUACAUUGCAUAUAGCGGUGUCGCUUCUGCAAAAUGGACAUUUGUAAAGGUAGUAGGCUGCCUUGACCUUGUCACCAUACGAAUUGGUACCUUAACUUCAUCAAAAGUCAAAAUGAAUAAAUAAGUCAAU